ACCGCACACUAGAGUGACGCGUCAAAGGACGUUGCGUCACCUUUCCUGAACCUGGACUGUUACCCUUAGCAACGGAGCGCCCUGUCGUUUAGCGGGCAAGUGCCAAUGGAUUACUAGCAAUUUUAGUCUAUCUGUUAAGUGUUGUGCAAGGGGGAGCAGGCAUGGGCAACACAGAAAGUGGAUCUCAUCAGAAAGGUUUGUCAAGAAUUCUUCCUGAAGAAAAAGCAGAGAUUGAGCAGUUUUUUGAGAACAUGUGUCGAAUGCAAAGUGGACCAAAGAAAUCAGUGGGUUUGCAAUACUUCCAGGAUGCCCUCAGGAAUUCCUUACCCUGUAGCAUUUCCCAGCGAAUAUUUGAUGGAAUUCAAAGUGUUCGUACAAAUAGCAAAUCAUCCACAAUGAGUGCAGAGAUAAGCAAGGAACAGUUUUUGGUGUUUUAUGUGGACCUUCUCAGAGGAACAGCAGAAGAAAAAAGUCAGGUUAUAUGUGACAUGAUCUCUUGCAAUAACAGUGAACACAUGAAAGGACAUCAGGUCCAGAAGUUUUUAGAGGAUAUAAUAGCUGCUGUAAUUUAUGUGCUGAAGCAACAAUCCCUUCUGAAAGGCUGGAACUUGGAGAACAUGCGAGACUGUACUUUAGGUACACAGGGUCUGGCGAUGCAGCUAUUGUCACAAUUACAAUCUAUAGAUGGGCAAAAGUUUGAAAGACAAGAACUACUGGAUUCUCCCUGUUCAAAAAGCUGCAUUGAGGACUGGUUGUAUAAAAUCCCAAUGAUAUCCCUGUUUGUUAGGGUUAUGCUCACAGUGGGGUUAUCCAUUUUGAAACAUCAUACAGAACACCAAAAAGACAUGAAAACGUUGUUACCAAAAUGCACUGGUAUGAAGAAUACAUCCUUUGUAAGCCUUCUGGAUCUUCCAGCUGUAAUGCACCUCAACUAUUAUCUCCCCUAUGAGGUACAACACAAGUGGCGCCUUCUCUUUUCCUCUCAAAUCCAUGGGGAAAGCUUUUCACAGCUCUGUGGGCACAUCCUUGAUCAAGGGCCUUGCCUAUUAAUUGUAAAAGACUCAGAUGGAUUUGUUUUUGGGGGAUUUGCAUCACAAAGUUGGAAAGUAAAACCUCAGUUUCAAGGCGAUAGCAGGUGCUUUUUGUUCUCCAUUUCUCCACGUCUUGAUGUCUACACAUACACUGGCUACAAUGAUCACUACAUGUACUUAAACCGCGCGCAACAGUCUCUGCCAAAUGGACUGGGUAUGGGAGGACAGCAUGAAUACUUUGGAUUUUGGAUUGAUAGUAACUUUGGCAUAGGACACAGCAAAGCAAAACCAAGUUGCACAACGUACAACAGUCCCCAGCUAUCAGCCAAAGAGGAAUUCUCUAUACAUACCGUGGAGGUUUGGGCAGUUGGAGAUGUACCAGAACAUUUACUGGCAAAAAAUCCCAGGAGUAUUUUGGAUUCAGACACCGAGGCCCGGGCUUUACUAGAAAUGGCAGGCCAGACCAGACAGAGCGACGGGCUGAGAGAAGUAACAGAAGAAGAUGAAAGUUAAUGGCAUGCGAGACAGCAAUACAACAUGCAGUAACCAUUUUGGUGCUGGACAGCUUCCAUUUUCAACAUUAAAGUCAGGAACACCA